AUGGCACUUGUUUUAGUUUUGGCUGGAGGAGUGGGCAUAAUUCAAGUUGCUUUUAUCAUAAAUACAAUUCAAAAAGCUUGUCCCGGGUUAACUAAAUAUCCUGCAGUCCGUCAGGCUUUAAGGUUUAUUCAAGUAAGCCCGAUUGCUGUCAUGGUCGCCUCUGCAAUUUGGUUCUUCUUCCUCGUGUUUCUGCCUGUUAAAGUGGAAUAUCCGUAUUCUUCGAAAGAAGGACUACUUUUAAUCAUCCUCGCUUGCUAUUUAUGGCUGAACGUUACAUUUAAUUAUUUCGCCGCUAUGUUAAAAUCGCCGGGGUAUCCGUCAACAGCUUUGGAAAUUGAAGAAAAUGGUUUAUCAUUGGAGAACGACAGCAUCCUUUGUUUCAAAUGUGAUCGAAUGAAAUCAUGUGACACGCAUCACUGUGGCACGUGUGGGACAUGUGUUACUAUGAUGUGUCAUCAUUGCCCAUUCACUAACAACUGUGUUGGACUCAAAAACUACUCUUAUUUUUACCUAUUUAUUUGCUACAGUAACAUUGGACUGAUAUUUUCCCUGUAUAUGACCUACGACCCAUUUUAUCAUUGUAUGGUUUACAAUGGAGAACAACUGUCAUUGUUGCCAUGGUAUCCACCUAACAUAUGUCGCAAACUGGGUGACUUUGCAGUCAUAUUUAUCCCAGUUGCAUUUAUGGCCAUGUUUGCUGCCGCAAUGUUCUUGUUGCAAACGCUUCUUCUUGCCACUGACUUGUCGACCAUUGAUCUCUUGACUAAGAUGCAAAGAUCACGAAAUUUCAUGCAAUUUGGAAGAAUGCUUCUCGACAGGAUAGUUGGGCACAGAAAGAGACGGUUUCAAGUGAUGCUCUUGUAUUCUCGUGAACGUUGGUGGCAAUUCUUGGUGCCGAGUUUUAACGUACCUUCAAGACAUUUAGAAACUGUCAAACUGAUGGUCUAA